GGGUUACGCCCUUGCGCACUGGAGCAGCCGUCGCCCCUCCGGCUCGCCGUCGUUUCCCGGCAUGCCCAGAGGCUGCGAUUGGUGGCGGUGUGAUGGCGGCUGUGACGGUGGGCCGUGACAUGUUUGAGGAGAUCGUGAUGGCCGAGGAGAGGUUUCAUGGUGAAGGGUAUCAGGAGGGGUAUGCUGAAGGCAGUUGUGUUGGAGUUUUUGAGGGAAGGAGAUAUGGAUCACUCCAUGGUGCCAAGAUUGGGUCUGAGAUUGGCUACUACCUUGGGUUUGCACGGACAUGGCAGUGUCUGCUCCAGAAAUGCACAGAUGAAAAGAACAGCAAAAAGAUAAGGGCUCUGGAUUCCUUAAUAAGGAUGAUUCAGAAAUCCCCAUAUGAAGAUCCUACUUACGAUAAGCUGCAAGAAGAUCUGGAAAAAAUCAGAGGAAAAUUUAAACAGGUUUGUACAAUGCUAAAUGUUCAGUCUGAUUUUAGAAUCAGUACUGAAAGCUCUUCCCUAACAUUUUGAAUAUAACAGAUGAAGGUAAACAUGGAUGACCAAAGAAGAAACAUUAAAAGAACAGAUAACUGGAGAAGCAUUUAUCUACUCUUACUUUAAACAAAAUCACAGUAGCGAAGGAGUGCUAAGUAUUAAAGGGGAAAGAGAAAACCAUU